AUAUUUAGUGGGUUAAUGUGAGAAGUGUGCCAGCGUCCACCCCCCCCAGUUCAGCAGGACAGGCCGAAUGCAAAGCUCUAACGCCACCCCACCCCCCCCACACACAGAGACACCUGCCCCCAGUUUCUCUCAUCCCUAAAGGACACAGGAAGAGUCCAAAGGAGACGGACGCCGUCUCAUCCAAGUGUGUUUCUCAGGGUCACCAUGUCACACUUCACCAUGAUGUCAUCCCAGCAGAGGAAAAUGCAGGCGGCCGCCAUUUGUCGGGAGGUCCAGGGGUCCAACGAUGGUGCACUGGACGUGGGGAGAAAAGUCAGCGCUCCAAAGGAGAUCAUGUUGGAGGAGCUGUCUCUGUCCUCCAACAGGGGCUCCCGCCUCUUCAAGAUGCGCCAGAGGCGUUCGGAGAAGUACACCUUUGAGAGCGUGCAGAGCGAGGACGGCGUGAGGACUCAGAACGGCAUAGCUCCCCAAACUCAGCACGCUGAGGAUGGCAAAAGUGACACAAACAGCACAGCGGUGGGACAGUUGCCUAAAACGGCUCUUGACCCUGAACCUGGGACUGCCCCCGACCCAGAGAACAUCGCGCCAGGUUAUGGGGGACCCCUGAAGGAUGUCCCACCAGAGAAGUUCAACAGCACAGCUGUCCCCCGCUCCUACUGUUCGCCCUGGGACCAGGCACUUCUCAGUGAUCCCAUCCUAGCUGACACCCUGCUAACCAGGUUUCCUGUCCUCGAACCCCGGUCAGAGAUCCCAGAGUAUAAGAGCUUUAACAGGGUUGCCACUCCAUUUGGUGGUUUUGACAAGGCCCCAAGAAUUCCCGCUCAUAAGCCUGCGCAGACAGACCUGCUUCCAGAUAUCGGUGUCUCCCCAUGCCCCGAGGUUCAAGACACGGCGGGAGUGAGGCCCACGUUCAACCGGACGGCCAUGGGCUGGAUAGCAGAUACUGCUCCUCCCAUCAUGCCCACUGUGAUCCUGGAGCCCAUGUUGAUCCCAGAAUCAGAUGAGCUCUGACCUGUGGAAAUGUCUGAGGCGAUGGGGCGCGUACUUCUACGGCCUUGUCAUCACACCACCGGAAUUCCUCUGCAAUCCAGGCAGUACCAGGACCACUUGGAUGUCUCCACAGAAGGCAGGGUACUGCUCAUUCCUGGUAUGAUCUGGGUCACCUGGCUUCCUGAAGAGCUCAAGCCAAUUUGAUGAUAAGAAUUGAAUUGUGUAUGAAUACUGAGCUCCAGGAAGGCUUGUAAAUACAUCAGUGCAGAUGAGUGUUAAUCCAUAUAGUGAUCUAUAACAAAUUACAAUAAAAGAAUACAAAGCA